AUGCCUCCACCUCAAAUUAAACAAGACCUUAACCGGUCUGGGUGGGAGACGACCGAUUUCCCCUCCGUCUGUGAAAAUUGCCUUCCUGAGAAUCCUUAUGUGCAGAUGCUCAAAGAAGACUACGGUGCAGAAUGCAAGAUUUGCACUCGACCCUUCACCAUCUUCCGUUGGAAAGCCGACCGCACGGCGCGCACUAAGAGAACCAGUAUCUGCCUGACCUGCGCUCGUUUGAAGAACUGCUGUCAGUGCUGUAUGCUUGAUUUGUCCUUUGGCCUUCCUAUAGUUGUGCGUGACGCUGCACUGAAGAUGGUUGCACCUGGUCCCGAGAGUACAAUCAACCGCGAAUACUACGCUCAGGGACAUGAAAAGGAAAUCGAAGAAGGACGUGGGGCGAUUGAAGAAUAUGAAAAGACGGAUGAAAAGGCUCGCGAGCUACUACGGAGACUUGCAAACAGCGAACCUUACUAUAGAAAACCCCGGCAAACCGAAACUCCUCGCGACGAAGAUAGUGCUGGACCCUCGACGGACGCACCUGUGGUACAUAGCCGCUAUGGAAAUGGACCAGGGCCUAUUCGGACGAGCGACAGCAGAAGAGGAGCCCCGCUACCUGGUAGAGGACGGGGACCUAUGCGUGGUGGCCGCGGAAGUCGUCCAUUCCCCGGUACUGCGCAGGUGCCCCCAUCUCGGGAAGAUAUCCUCCCGCCUGCGGAUCCAAACGUUACCACUCUAUUUGUUACGGGUGUCGAGGAUGAUCUUCCCGAGCAUUCCCUGCGUACUUUCUUUACGGAGUUUGGCCAACUCCGGUCUUUGGUUUGUUCUCACAGGGCACACUCUGCCUUUGUGAACUUUGCUACUCGCGAGGCUGCUGAAGCGGCCGCGCAACACUGCCAAGGGAAGGCUGUUAUCCAGGGUUGUCCGUUAAGGAUUCGAUGGGGUAAACCUAAGGCCCUGGAUAAUAUGGACCGGGAAGAGCGUAUGAAGCAUGCGCGAGAAGGACGUCAGGCUGUCGGGACAGCCCGAGGAGGGCCCUCUGGAAAUAAGGCUAUCACAGCGGCUGGGGAGGAGGUAGAUAAACCGGAGGAACCCCGGAGCAUUGUUGUUGCUCCUCCUCCGGGAAGUGGCGAGGUCCAGUAUUCCAGCUUGUCUGGUGAUUAA